AUUAAUAACAGUUAUUUCGAUCGUGGUCAUGUUAUGGCUUUCCCAGAGAGUCUGUUUUGAUCAACAUUACUUAUCGGCUGCGUUUCUGACUGUUUAAACCUGAUAGCUGGUUACGCAGCUAACGUUAGCGAGCUACAGACAGGAGCUCUUCUACACGUUACUGCCCUUUUAGCUAACCCUAAUGUUACAUGCCAGAAUAAAUCAUUGAAAUGCCCCAUAAUCGCAGCAGGGUGCAGUUAGUAAUUAAACAUGACCUCUAACCACAACGUUAAAGGUGGACAACCAACCAAUGUUACCUAGAAAAUUUAUUAUCCACUCGUUACCGAAUGAAUGAACAUCUAAAAAUCAAUGUCAGAAGGGGACAGUGCUGGGGAGUCAAUCCAUGGGAAACCAUCUGUAGUUGCUGCCCUUUUCACACGGGUCGGACAGGUCUAUCAGUCAUGGCUAGACAAGUCAACGCCAUUCUAUGCAGUCCGUUGGGCAGUUACUCUACUACUUACUGCUGUCUACAUGGUCAGAGUGUACAUACUACAGGGUUGGUAUAUAGUAACAUAUGCUUUGGGAAUCUACCAUCUCAACUUGUUCAUUGCUUUUCUGUCGCCAAAAGUGGAUCCUUCACUGCUUGAUGAAGAUGAGGGACCGUCCCUUCCUACCAAGCAGAAUGAGGAGUUCCGCCCUUUCAUCAGGAGGUUGCCUGAAUUCAAAUUCUGGCAUUCAGCAACAAAAGGCAUCGUCAUUGCCAUGAUUUGCACAUUUUUUGAUGCCUUCAAUGUUCCAGUGUUCUGGCCUAUACUUGUAAUGUACUUCAUCAUGCUUUUCUGCAUCACCAUGAAGAGGCAGAUUAAGCAUAUGAUCAAGUACAGAUACCUACCAUUCACACAUGGGAAGAGGACAUACAAAGGCAAGGAAGACACAGCGAAAACGUUUGCCAGUUAAACACCUUCCCCUCCUCAUUUGAAAUGUAUCAGUCAUGGCUAGUGGGGAGUGACAAGGGUUUGAGAUUUAUUUUCCUUUUUUAAGUGGGACAGUAACAUGAAAACAUGACAUGUAAAGUACGAGUUUUGGUCCAUGGUUCACAGUGUUGAAUGAGGGUAUGAGCAGCAUGGAUCAAAUUAGUCUGAGAUUUUUGCCUUUGUCUGUUAAGGGGUAGGAAUUUUUUUUUUUUUUUUUUUUUUUUUUAUAACCAUUUUGAGAACCCACGAUUAAGAUUGGUCUGCAUUUGUUCAGUAGUAGGUGAGACUCAGUGCUGCCUUUUACCUUUUUACCCUAUGGGGAAAGUAUGAAGUCAUCAAGAAGGAACCACACUGAAAAACAUUGCUGUGAAAUUUGUAAUUCAUUCUUUUUCCAAUAACGGUGACUGCAGUGUCUCCUUCUCCCAAGUGAAAUAAAUCUGCCAACGUUUAAUUCAUAUAUUGGUACCUACGUCUUUGCAAGUUAUAUAUUGAAAGCCAGUAGUGUAAGUACCAAAAUAACACGAUUAGAUGUGUAAGAUGAAAUCUAAAGAUAAUCCAGAUGUCUGAGUUGAUAAAGUGUGCUGCUAGCUAGUGUCUCUGCCAGUUGUCAUCUGUAUUAAAUGCAGGCACUAUGUAGAAAGUAGUGUAGUCUUAUUUCAUUUGAAUAUGCAUCCAUGGCAGGCAAGAAACACCUAUGAUAAUUAAUUGGCUAUUAAUGCAAUUCUGUAUAUUAUCCAGUUCACACUAGUUGAUACUAGCAUAGCCACUGGAGCAAGUAUCAAUAUGGAUGAUUAUAAUUGGCAUCUGAAUAUUCAGCCACCCACCACAUCAUUGAAAGCAAGGAGACUGUCACUAACCCCACCCCUUUUAGUCUCCUAUACCCUACAUUUAAAUCAGUUCUGUCUACUUUUGCGCUAUUUGUAGAGUAUAACAGAUGGGAUACUGUGUUGUUGAACACAUCUAUAAAUGAGAAUUGUAUGUCAUUCUAGGGGGCAUCUAGCUUCAAGGGAAAAUCUGUGAACUCGCUUUACACAUCACAUGCUCUCAUGAAAAUACACAACCAGUAUUCAGGUCAAAUUUAUAACAAGUUCUAAUCUGAGAUUCUAAUCAAGCAAUUCCACAUUUACCCCAAACAGCCUUUCGCUUUGAAACAUUUCCCAUCUCUGUUUCAAAGCCUGAAGCAGGCCGUUCAGUUCCUGUACAUUAGCUGUUGUAAUCCUUUAUAAUCUGUUCUUAUUUCAGAAAAAAUAGUUGAAGUAAAUGCAGUCAUUCCAAACAAACUGUUGUUCUUUCUUUUGCAGAGGAAACAUAAGAAAACAGAGAUUGAGAACUUGUGAUAACAAAUGGAUGAAGUGGGUGGCCAUCACACUGUUUUCCAUACACUUGUUGCUUUUGUUCUUCUUGUUUUUUCUUCUUUCCCUUCCAUUUUCUAUAAAAUGUUGGGGAUUAUCUGUCAUUACUAAACUUUGAUCAGCAGUGUAGUAAGGGAUCAGAACAUUUUCCUGUACAAAGUUUGUGUUUCAAAGGGUUGUCUGGAGGAUUUGUAUGCGUGUAUAUAUAUAUGUUAAUGAUUUUUAUGAGAUUAUUUUUAUUUUUGGUUUUCUUCCAACCACCAUAGUGUUUCCAAAUGUUUAAAUCCAUUUCAUUUGUAGCUGAUAAAAGCAGAACUUGUUGAUUGGAUUCCAAAUUUGAUUAAUCAAAUACUGUUUCUCAUGGGUUGCAUGUUAUUGUUUUGUGCUACAGUUAUUUAAAAAAAAAAACAAUUUUAAUAACUUGAGUGUAAUUUUUCACUCCAAAUUCUAUUAAAGAGGCUGUGUCCCUACAAACGGUA